AUGCCUAUUAUCUGCUAUGGGGAAGUUAUACAGAAAAGGGAUCUUGCAUUAACGAGUGACCUAGGAGUAGACUAUUUGCUGCGACACGAGUCGGAUCAUGCUGUCAACCAUAUCCAAUUUCUAAUUAAUGAGGGAGGUUUGAUUACGGCGUGCGGCAGUGACCUCAUACAUUUAUGGAAUUAUCGCCAGAAAAUUCCAGAGAUUGUGCACAGCCUGCAAUUGAACAAGGAAUCUGUGUCAUGCAUAAAUCUUCCAAUGGGUGGAAAAUGGUUAUAUGUAGGCACAGACAAG